UUAUAAGAAUCGACUGGUUCAGGUUGCUGAUGAGCCACUCAUUUACUUUAGUGGUUGUUAGAGGUGACCUAAGAAGUUCAUCAUAACUGUCGUUAACUUUGUAUGUUGUGAGGUCAAUACUUGUUUCACACAAGCAACUAUGAGUUCCCUUUGUACAAAAACUUUACGGUUGAUGCUGAAAUCGAUAACCGAGGGUUCGGGAUUUGAUCGAGUCAUGAGCAAGGUUGCUCUUGUAUCUGCAAGUCCUGGAAAGGUAAUUUGUGAGCUGAAAGUCGAAGAAGAACACACAAACAGAGCAGGCACAUUACACGGAGGAUUAACGGCUACACUUGUUGAUAACGUGUCCACAGUUGCCCUUUUGCACACAGAGAGAGGAGCUCCAGGAGUUAGUGUUGAUAUGAACAUUACAUACAUGAAUGCUGCUAAAAUCGGUGAUGUGAUUCUCAUCACUGCUCAAGUUUUGAAACAAGGAAAAAGCUUGGCCUUUGCUACUGUUGACUUGACUAAUAAAGAAACAGGAAAACUUGUUGCACAAGGCAGACACACAAAGCACCUUGGACAUUAAUGGAAACCUGAUUUCUUGGUAUCUCUGCUCACUUGGCUGCAGAGAUACAGUAAUCUGAACCUUUCUACAACAUCAUUAUAAAUUAACUUAUAUAAAUGUACCUAAAAUCGAUCAAACUAUAACUAAGAGUUGCAUUUUCUAUUUUUAUUUUACAAGCUAUCUGUGUGUUUCAACAGUAUUAAAUAACCACAGUUGUAA